UUUAAAAAGGUUUCAACUUCAAUGAAAUAAUUAAUUCUACCCUUUCAUAAGUUCGAAUUUAUUGUAAAUGACCUUAAAAUUAAAAUAAGUUUUAUUUUGAAUGCGUGAUUAUUUUUUUUAAAAAAACCAAGUGUAAAAUUUCGUAUUCGUUGGCAUAUGCCGAAAUGAGGAAUUCUUUAAAAUUAUUACAAAUUAGAGAUAAACAAAAACAUGUCCUUUUAUGGCACAUCUCCCCUAUGACCAAUUUGAGGGAGCAAGAUGACCUCGAGUAUCUAAUUGUACACCUAUGGAUCCAAAAUUUUUAAAUCCACGUAAGAAUGUGAAAUGCAUAGAUGUGUCUUCAAACAAUAUUAUGGCUACAGGAGGUAUUGACGAAGUUAUUAACAUAGUUGAUUUAAAUAAAAGAAUCUCGAUUGGAUCUUUAGUAAAACAUGAAAGUGAAAUAACUUCCUUGAAAUUUUUAAACACUUCUUACUUAUAUGCAUGUGGAAUGGAUGGAAAUAUAUCAAUAUGGAAUUUGAAUAAUUGGAAUUGUGAAAAAGUUCUAUUAGCUCAUCAGGGACCUAUAUCAUCAAUUGCGAUUCAUUAUUCUGGUAAACUCAUGCUUUCUAUAGGCCAAGAUAAAAAAUUAAUAACAUGGAAUUUAACACAGCAAAAAAAAGCAUUUGUAACAAAUUUAGACAAAAAUUAUGAUCAAGUUAUAUGGUCAAUAGGUGGUUCUUAUUAUGCUUUGUUUUCCUCACAAUACUUACAAAUAUAUCAAUUGGAAACUGCUAGUUUGUAUUUAUCAUUAAAGUUUGGUCAUAAAGCAACAACUUUAUGUUUUAUAGAAGAUGAUUUAUUAUUAAUUGCUAUUGAAAAAGGAUUCCUUAAAUUAUAUAAUUUGUCCAAAAAAUGUACAUUGGCCAAAUUUAAUACCAAACAAAAUAGGGUCAAACAAAUAAUACUAGUUAAUGAAAAUAUUAUUUCAUCCACAUCAUCGGUGUGUUAUCAGCCUUUGACCCCAAGUAACCAAUCCCUUGAUAUAUCGAGAAAAUAUUGCCGAAAUUUUGACACAGGACUCAACAAUAACAUUAAACAUAAAAUCAUAAUCACCGCUUCAAGUGAUGGUACGAUCAAAUUAUUCGAUUUGGAUUUAUUCAAGCUAAAAUUAGAACAACUAUUGGUCAUCGACACCUCUUGCAGGAUAACGUGCAUGGCUAUCUCUAAUAGUAAAAAACACCAUUACGAAGACAAUUCAUUAAUCCGCGAAAAUAUUGUCAAUAACAAUAUAAUCGAUUCGGAAGAAAGUAUAACUCCUGAUGAUAAAUUGAUUGUCAACAAAAAAUUAAAGAAAAGUAUAUAGAACCCCAAAAAGUCAUAAUUAUUUUAUAUACAUAAAAAAAUUAAGGUAAUAAUAUCAGAAGUUUCCUAAUACCCUUUAAAAACAUCCCGUAUUUUUUUGUUAAACUUUAUAUAAUGAACGUUUUGUUGGAAAAACAAUUAUUAUUCGCUUAUCAGAUGAUCUAUUUAUCAAAAUUCUUUGGAAUUCAAAUUUUAGAUAAUAUAUUUUUCCAAAAUAUAUGCGAUAUAAAUUAAUGUAUAGAAUUAUUAUUAUUUUUUUUAAAAAAAAAGCUCUUUCUCUUAAAUAAUAUUUAAUUAAUUCAUUCUUUUUUAUAUGUAUUAUUAGUAAGUACACAAUUUGCAAUAAUUUUAUAAUAUUUAUUUUCAACUUUUUUUAUAAUAAAUGUUUACGUAUAAAUUUGUAAUAAUACAAAAAAUUUUUAAAUUGUGUAAAAUAUGGUCAUAAAAUUAGUAAAAUAAUUGUUUCU